CAGAUCGAAGUGUCGGCUGCUAGUGAAUUCAGCGUCUGCUUUAGUUGACAGUUGUGGGUUAUUCGUAAAUUGGUGAAACUCGUGGAAGAGUUGUGAUGUUUGUGAUAUUUUACGGUGAAUUAUAAACGUAUAUUAACCAGUUUUAUCGGAGUUUCUUACUAGAAGAUAUUGAAUAUUCUAUGGUGUCAUGUGUGCGUUAUUAACAGUUAAACCAUAGUAGAAGGUGGGGCGGUUGUAACAGUAAUAGUAACAUCAUAUAUAGUGUAAUAUUGUCAUUGAUACAGAAGAUAUACACCCAGUGAAAACAUUGUGUAACGGUAAAUCAGCUACUACAAGUUAACCAACAUUGUAGCGAUUGCCAUACAUCAAUCGGACAUAACUACUAUAGAUCUAGACACGCUUUAUUCCAUUUCCAUAUCCACCAGUGCUAUAUACUAUAGAUAUCACGUCACCAACAGGGAAUUAUAAUUAUAUCUUUUACUGAUAAACUGUUGUCAAUGUUUUAUAUCACACCUAUCUUCACCAGUGCUAUAGACCAUAGACGCGACGUCAUCAACUGGGAAUAAUAGCUAUAUCUUUUAUAGAUGUAAUACCAUCUAGUGAUAUGUUGUGACAGAUUGAUACAAUGUUCAAUCUCGUCUAUUAUUAUAUAUAAUUUAUAUUGAUUUAUACUCAAAUCGCCUAAAAACAUUGAAGUGAUUGUCAUAUGAAAACCGGGCAUUAUUACUGAUAUUGCACGGUGGCGGUGAUCAACUGUAUAGUUCUCUUGGGAGUUAUCAACAAACGUUAUCACAAACUGUGAUAUAUCGUUAUUAUUGCCCUCAUUCGCUUUUCAAUCAUCGAAACACAGACACACACCGGGCAUUAUUACUAAUAUUGCAUGGAGGUGGGGACUGGAUACUUCUGAACGAGUUAUCAACAAACGUGAACACAAAAAACUGUGAUAUAUCGCUAAUAUUGCCCUCAUGUGUGAUUCAGUCUCAGUAACGAACCGGGAAUUAUAAACUUCUGGAACAAAGAGAAAGUUUGUUCAUGUCAAUAACUGUGAUAUAUUUGAAUAUUUACCGGGGAUAUAAAAACAAAUAACUCAUUUUACAAUAUCAAAGGGAAUACAGAUUGCCUGGAAGCGUUAACCGAUAUUGCACAGUUACAAGUUGAGAUAUAGUUCAGUGGGUGAAUAGAUCCUGCAAAAAGAAGUGAAUUAGAAUUUAGUAUUUCCGCUUCCAAAGUUGAUAUCCCAUAUUUUACCGGGAAUAUUAACUCAUAGCGCCCUAUAUUCAAGGUUGAUAUACAAUCGUAUAUGACGGGCGGUAUACUAUAAUAUAUCAGGGUUUUUGUUACUGGGUAUAUUAACUCAAUUUGCCCAGUAUUAAAGGUGAUAUCGGGAAUGUAAACACAUCUCUCCCACCUGAUAUUAAAUCCCAUUGCCCUGUGAUAUCGGGAUUAUAAACUCAUAUUGCCCUGUGAUAUCGGGAAUAUAAAGAAAUAUUGCCCCGUAGAAUAAGUGUAUUAAAUGAUGAGACGGGUGAAUAUUGUUGAUACAAUGUAUUGGAUUAUUGUGUUGUUUGUGACGGCGAAUGCCAUCACCUUGGCAACUAGCGAUUGUGAAAAACAUCAAGUGGAAGUUGAAGGGCGGUGCUGUAGUGAAUGUAGCAUAGGAUCAGGAGUAGCUUCCCCUUGUAACGCGGGAAACAACACGAUAUGUGAAGCAUGCAUUGAUGGAGAAUACUACUCGAGUACAUCAAGUCAUACACAUUCCUGCAUUCCGUGCUCAAAAUGUCCGAAAAAUUCCCGAGUAAUUCAAGAAUGUACUAAUUCAUCAGAUACAAUUUGUGAAUGCGAACCAGAAUUUCAUUUAACUGAGAAUGGCGAGUGUAAACUGUGUGAUUUAUGUCCGGCAGGAUGGGGAGCCUCGGUACCGUGCAGCAGGACUCAGAAUACCGUGUGUAAUCAAUGUACUAAUGGAGCUUUUUCUAAAGUCCUCAGCGCGACGAGUGGAUGUUUAGUGUGUUCCGUGUGUGUUCCGGGUGCACAGAUGUUGCAAGCGUGUUCUGCGACUGAAGACACGAUAUGUAUAUCUCUGCCUAUCUACCGGUACCCGACUGAAGAGUUUACCGACACAGAUAACAAACAGUCCGUUCAAAAUGAUCACCCGAAAUCAAACAGCAAACAGAUAGAUAUUAUUCCACUUUACUGCGCAAUUCUUGGCGCAGUCGUCGUUGGACUACUAGGUUACGUCAUCAUGGUUCACUAUCGGCGUAUGAAAGAGAAGCGGUUAAUCAGAGAACCGCAUGACGACGUAGAAUAUUCUAAAGCCUCCGCUGGCGAUUCUGGUAUCUGUGUAGAAGUAGAGCAUCAACAAAAAGUAGUUCCAGUAGUAUUAACGAGCAGUACGAGAAUACGUGAUUUACCAAGCAGUAAGAGACGAGAAAUAGAGAGAAGCUUCUUACAGUCCACUAAAGACUCCCGUGACUGGCAGGGCUUGGCUAGAGAAUUAGGUUUCAACACGAAGAAGAUCGCCAACUGUGAAAUAAAGUCACAAAGAGACUCAUCCACGCCAUUAAAACAUUUACUUGCAGACUGGGGUCGUAAUGAUUCGGCGACGGUUGGAGUGUUUAUACAGGCCAUGAAAAAUCUGGGACGUCAUGACGUACUUCCGACGUUAAACGUUCACGACACGGCAGAGUUAUGUCCCUUAGUGCCACAGAAUAACAUCGUGUGACGUUCGUGCAUUUCAUUUUAAUUUAAUAUUUUGAAUAUCAUUUUUUUCUAUAAACUAUUAUAACAUCCACUGGUGGGAGCUGGUGAUAUUUUUAUUGUGAUAUCAGAACUCCUGUGAAAUACGGAAUUGAACAAAAUAACGUGAUGUAUGUGUCGAACCCAUAAAACAGUAUCUUCAUUUCCGGUGUGUAGAUCAAAACUGUGCGUAUUGUGUACCGAGGCGAGGGUUCUCCGUCAUUUCCAUAACUCCGUUGAAAUAUGGAUUUGAAAAAUAAAGUGAUCAUCCAUCCCGCAGCCGGUAUUAGUCAUGUGUCAAACUCAUGAAACAGUUUCUUCGCUUGGCGCGUGUAGAACAAAACUGUACAUAUUGUGAACCGAAACGAGGAUUCUCCGCCAUCACACCAUCUUAAGAACCCGGGUGUAAUACCAUGGACAGAGGGGUAGGUUCAGUGUUCGUCAGUCCAAUUAAACCACGUAACGUUAUUAAUAAACAGUGUCGCUUUUGUUUAUCACGUCAUCAUCCAGCGGAAAUCAAGUGAUAACAAAACGGAUACGUGUCACCGCAUAAAAACGUAUUGUCUUUUGUUCUUGAGGCUUGUCGACGAUAUCACCCUUCGUGGAAGUGGACGCAAAACUCCAGAAACGAACGAACGGUGUUGUUCUCGAGGAAGUGAAUCCAGAAUUAUCCGAACUUUUCCGAGGAUAUAUUGCCCAAUGAGAUAUUUACGUUUACUACUAAGCAGGUGGUUGCAAGUAGCUGGUCCAAGUAGUUAUUACGAGAAUGCCUUGUGAAUGCCUUGAAAAACAACCGUGUGGUCGUGGCCUUAAUACCUCGUUUAGGAUUAGAGUUAGGCGGUACAUUAUCGGGAUUGCCGAAAGAUUAAUUUUCCGUAUGCAAAUCAGAAAUUGUUGCAGCCUCGGACCUUUUGAUAGAUCUUAUAAAGGUUCCAUCGUACGGUCAGUGGCCUAUAAUCCCGGAAAAGCUGAAUGGUCCGUGUUAUUAUUUGAAUAAAUAAAACGACUUAUUAUUUAUUGUUUAGAACAAUAGGACGCAUGAUCCACCGAGUAUUAACAAUGGAAUGGCAGCCGUGAGCUGAAUGGAAUGACUAUCAUGAGCUGAAUGGAAUGACAGCCGUGAGCUGAAUGGAAUGGCAGCCGUGAGCUGAAUGGAAUGACUGUCAAGAGGUGAAUUAAAUGACAGCCGUGAGCUGAAUGGAAUGACAGUCAUGAGCUGAAUGGAAUGACAGUCGUCAGCUGAAUGGAAUAACAGCCAGCCGUCAGCUGAAUGGAAUGACGGUCGUCAGCUGAAUUGAAUGACAACCGUGAGCUGAAUGGAAUUCCAGCAUCCAGCAUCCAAAUGUUAUUGUUGUUUAAAAGAUGCAGGUGUUCGAUAACCUGAGAUGAUUGGAAUAUUAUAACUGGUACCACGGAGCAUAGAAUCGCAACUGAAAAUCAUACAAGAGAUACGGUAUGCGAAUCGGGUAGGAGUGUUAGAUCCAUGUUUAAGUGAAAACAUUAUAUACUGAACAAAAAGUAAAUUGAAGCCUUUAUAGAAUAUUUGAUGGUGGAUGAAACUUUUAUUAAUGUAUUGAUGUAUUAUGGUUCUUGUUUGCAUUUUUCUCAUUUGCAAGCGGACGUUAAAUUAUUCACUCUAACGUAUUUGUGCAUACAUGUAUUUGGUUUUGUAUUAGAAACCUUCUCAUUCUGUCUAAUUUACGGUGAAUGAACCCCAUUAUGCCUACAUUAAAAUGUGUGUGUAUUGAGGAUCUAUUUAAGUACCUAUAGACGUCCCCACACUUAUGGUAUAUACAUUAUUAAUUAUAAAUCUAUAUAAACUAUGAAUCUCAACUAGCCAAGCUAGUGUUUAUUAUAAAUAUAUAUAUAUAUAUAUAUAUAUCCACUAUUUAAUAUCAAUUCUAUCUACACAUAUAUCUAUAUAAAUAGUUAUUAUAUUCAAGCGCUUAAAGCGUAUUUCAAUAUCUAUUGUUAUUCAUUCAUUAUAUAUUACAAGAUUUUAAUCAGAGAUGACGACAGCCGUGGCAUUGCACCGUUUAGAGUUUAGAACACAGAGACGAUGGAAAACUAAUCCGAUUCAAAUACAGAUCUAUAUUUCGUUUCGUUUUUUUUAUACUUUCGGUGGCCUACACUACAUGAAGAUCUGACCGGUUGUUCUGGAAGGUCGCGUCAGGGGUCGUACGAGCGGCUUUUGACCCUAUCACGUCCGACAUUGAUUAAUCAAUCGGCGUCGACCGCAUCAAACAACAAGAACUCGCCGUAACAGUCCGUUUCAUUAGUUCAUCCUUCACUUCAAUCAGAACAUCCAUAAUAUAACAAAUCUUCCAGAUCCUAGUGUAUUAAAAACAAGUAAAACAAAAUUUUGAACUAUAAGAAACGAAACGAAAUAGGAUCUGUGUUUUAAUCAGAUUGAUGGAAAACGUAAACGUUGAACUCCAAGUGAUAUAGGCUCGCUUGUUUUUGGAAGACCCGGGAGCCUGUACCUUAUUCAAGGCAAUUGAAAUAUAAACAAUUUGUCGUGAUUGGAGUGCUCAAUCGAUGGAUCAUCGGUAUUCUUGAAAUAUUUUAGUUUUUAAGUUUAGGGAUCCCCAGGUUGCGUUGCACGACGCACGUAAAACCGUUAUAGCAAGAUGUUCCGUGUACGUUAAUCUUAUGUGCGGCGCUUUGUGCAACGGCGCUUCUGUCUCAGUUAUUGCAAAGUUAUUUGUAAACAUAUAUAGCACAGGGCACAGUUCUAUUAAACUUUGAUGUAAUAUUGAACGUGUACGUGCCUUCUGUACAACCAUGGACGACAAUCAACCUAGUGUUCUCCCUUUAAAUGAUGCAAAUAUUGAAUUAAAACAAAAACAAGAUUUAAACACUGUACAAGAACUUUUCCCACUUUCUCCUGUCUCCAAUUCACUAACAAUAAAACAUUAUAAAAUUAA